AUGGGAAACACGAUCGGUAAAGAGAAGGGAGAAGAAACUGUGGACGGAGGACAAUUAGUCCCGAACGGUGUAUACAAAGUACCUCAAGACUGGGACUAUAGGAGUGUCCGCAAAUUCAUCAUAGAACGCAAGCUGGCUCCUUUUUAUAAAGGGCUAUCAGACUAUGACGAAAGUUGGGAUGAAGUUACACUAACAACUCAUAAUCUUCCAAAAGCCAGUGAGGGUAAGAAAUGUGCCACAUUUAGUGGGGAAUGUCAAUCACAAGGAAGUAGAGAAAUAAAACGAGCAUCAACAUUAAAUGUAACAGGAACAACUAAAGGCAAAGAAGCGUCCACUGUAAAAACAUUAGAAUCUCAAUUAUAUAAGGGUGCUGCUGAAUGUCCAAUCUGCUUUUUGCCAAUUUGUACCGAAUGUUUCGUUCAAAUAAAACGACCAGAAAGUGGUUCUUUAGGAGCAAACAAUUCUUCUGCCGUUUGCCCUUAUUGUGUAGAGCCUAACUUUGGUGUCUACUAUAAACCUCCAUCUUUUAGCUCUGGGAUUGGCAGUGAGAACAUGCCUGUUGCGAUUCCAAAUCCGAAUAUUCCUCCAUCUACAUCACUAUCACCUUCGCCAAAUGUGCCAGACGGUAAAGCGCGGCGAAGGAGCAUAGUCUAUAAGGACUCUGAUGUUGUUACCACUGAUCAAAUACGACCAGAUUGGGCAUCCCGCGUACUUCAACAACCACUACGUCAACCGCCUGGUGCGAGACGACCAACUCCUGCGGCAUCUUCGGGUUCACGGCGCGUUGUAGUUCGCCCACCACAGGGUGGAAACAAUCCUAAUCCUUCAACUACUCCGCCUAGACGUCCUAAUCUCCCCCCAGCAGCAGCAGCCGAGUAUGGAGGAUAUCUGGCAGCUAUGAGAAUGGGUACCGACUUGGAAGAACUAAUGGUUAUGGAAGCAAUUCGAUUAAGUCUUUUAGAACAAGAGAGGGAAAGGAGAGAAAGAGAGCAGACUGGUAGCUCGCAAGAUGAAAAUUCUAAUACCGCUUCUUCUGAAAGUUCAACGACAGAUACAACGACUACAAACUUAUUUAGUAACGAUGGAAGAGACGAAGACUUAUCAGCUGAUGAAAAUCAAAGGAAUGAUGAUGACUUUCCAAGGUUAACGCAAGAUGCCAUUGAAGAUGAGCAUGAAGAUGAAAAUUCACUAAUUUCUCAUUCCCAUGAACAUACUCCAAUUACUGGAGUACCUCAGCCAUAA